GUAGCUGGGAAAUUCUUCAUUAAGCCCGCCCUCCUGUAUAGCUGCCGCAGUGAAAAUUGGCGCGCCUGCGCAGUCAAGCUCCCUUUUUUGUUGGAAGUAUCCCUUGAACCUAUCCAUCAUGGCCGAUGCUGAUCUUGAUUUCACCACUGGAGAUGCUGGGGCUUCCAGCACCUUUCCCAUGCAGUGCAGUGCUCUGCGCAAGAACGGAUUUGUGGUGCUGAAAAUGCGUCCCUGCAAGAUUGUUGAAAUGUCAACCUCCAAAACUGGCAAGCACGGCCAUGCCAAGGUUCACAUGGUUGGCAUUGACAUCUUCUCUGGUAAAAAGUAUGAAGAUAUCUGCCCUUCCACCCACAACAUGGAUGUCCCAAACAUCAAGAGACAUGACCAUCAGCUGAUUGGCAUUGUAGAUGGCUACCUUUCCCUGCUGAUGGAUAACGGUGAAGUCCGUGAAGAUCUCAAACUGCCAGACAGUGAUCUGGGCAAAGAAAUUGAAUCUAAAUAUGAGGCUGGUGAAGACAUGCUGAUUUCUGUGCUGUCAGCCAUGGGUGAGGAAGCUGCUGUUGGCAUCAAGGCUAUGAACAAGUAAAUGGGAAGAGAGACUGGCUGCUCAGGCUGAGACCUACCACAAAUUAAAAUUUUGGUUCUAAUUGUCACCAAAGCUAUGGCCUUCACAAACAACCUCAAUUGUUUUUUGAUUUGUUUCUUUUUCCAAAACACUGCUGGACUUUUAGAACUGUCUUGUAGGCUGAUUGGUAUUCUGCCAAAUCACUGAGGUUUUUUAAUUGUGUGUUUUUUUUUUUUUUUCUUUCAAGAUGUCAGUCUUACCACUUACAUUCCAAAAUGUUUAAAAGAAAGGGGAUCCAAUUUUGUGACCCAGGCUUCAUUUAAUGUUAUAUUUUCUCAGGAGAAUCUUGCAUUUUGACUUAUACAAAAAUGUAAUAUAGUUUUGAUUUUAUGAACUGACUGGUGCCCAGGGUCAGAAGCAUUUUUUUUCCAAUGGAGGCCAUACUGUUAUCAAGAUGUUGAAUGUUGGUAGCCCCUGCUUAUUGUGCAUAACUGAAUGCUACUGAAGACCAAUUUGCGGAUCUCCAGAUGGCACUUAAACAAGGCCCUGGGUACUACUAAAAUUCACAUCCCAGAAACAAACUUCAGUGAUUUUCUAAAUGCCAGUCUGCCUUAAUUCAAACCUGCAGCCAAGUGAAACCUGGUGGCCAUGUGCAAUUAUUACCUCUGUACUAGACGCCAACUUGUUGGCUGUUAUUGGCAACAUUAAUAAAACAGUGUCAAAGCCUGUACAUGUCUCAACUAGGUAGGCAUUCAGAAUGUUGUGCUAACGCCUUCUGGCGUGCGUAAAAGAGGGACUCAAACUGGAGGAAGGGCGUUAACGUUGCAAAACCUUUACACUUGAGGCCUUUGUCACCAGACUGGAGGAAAAAAAUAGAAAAAAAAUGCAGUUCAGUUGCUUAUUUCUUUUAUGCAUUUAUCAUGCAGUGAUAUUAAAAUAAGUGAAGAACUUCCCCUGCAGCUUGUCUAUGAAGUUAUUUUCUUGUCUGACAAGAGCUUGCUGGUGUCAUUCUGCUUGUUUUGCAUGCACUAACAGGACAUUAACUUGAAUGUUUGGCUAAAGUGGAAAACCUGUUUCCUGGAAAUCCCAGAAACCUACUGGAGUUUCUGGGGCUGAAUCAGGUGGGUUUUUCACUUUGGUGGGUAAAGAGGUGUCGGAGUAGAAUCACUUUGCAUUAUUUCAGUAGUGCAUCUAUGACCGAUAGAAGAAAAGUGUUCCUCUGGACUUAGCUGGCCAAAUUUUGCUUUGUAUUUUGAGUUUUAAAGUUCAGAUUAUCAAAUGUGCUUACACUGGAUGGUCCAGUAAAGCUUAUUACCCUCAAUGAAUUUACAUUGACACAUUUUAUGUUUUAGUAUAAACUAUAGGGAAACUGGUAUGUUUAUGGUAAUGAAACUUUACUGGUACAUUUAGAGUAUUUUAUGCUGUUACUGACAAAGGCCUCUUAAGGAUGUUAUCUAGUUUCACAGACUCUGACUAGCUAUAAUCUUGGACUAUCAUAACUAAGGUACCAUGCCUAGGAAGUCAAAGAUUAGUGCUACCACUGAAACCAGUUGUUGAUGUCCUAAGAGUAAUGAAAAGGAGUCAUUUGAAAUUUGGCUAUGAACUGUAACUUGGUGGCUACCCUCUAUACUAAUUAAGUCUAUAGACUUUGCUGCACUGUAUUAGAACAGCAUUCUCUACAUUGGAACAAGGUUCACUGUAUUUCAUGCAAUCUGCAUGCAUGUUUGAAAUGAAGUUACGACCUGCCAAAUUUGGCAGUGCUUUUCCAAUUUGGUUUAGCAUGUAAUGAGAUGAUUCCUUUUGCAAAUGGGCUUUGGGGAUGGACUUGUUCUACCUGUGUUAACAAACAUAUUGUAGUUAAAUGUUUAUUUAACCAGUUUCUAAUGGCCUACAUAAAGUUAUGCAUGUGCCUCUAGCAUUUUGAUGUCCAGCAUGCCAUCGACCAACCGGUGGUGUGAGUUUCCCAAACUAACUGGUGUCUGGAAUUAAACAAAUAUAUCUUGGCAACUCUAAACUAGAUGCUGAGGCAAUAUGGUUCUUUACUAUUGUGUGAUAAUUAAUGUACUUUAUAUAACAACUGAUUAUUUGGAGUUACUCUGUAAUUUUAAAAAAAAAGAGGGUGGCAUUCAUGAACCUGACACAUGUUCCAUUUACUUGCAUUACAUCUAGAACCACCCCAUUUUUCCAUUUGUUAAAACACCCCAAGGGGUGGAAUAAAGUGAAAACUUGAAAGAAACCAAUAAUAAAUGUUCCUAUUUAGCUAGUA